CUCAUUUUUGUACUCAUGUCUUCACAGAACAGACGGUCCCACGACGAAGCCUUCUCCGACGAUGAUGAUGACGAUGACUGGAUCUUUGAACCGGCUCUCGACCGAGUGAUGAUCCAAGCCGGUGGUGGUGGUAGCAAUACAAGACCACUCCUAGAAUUCGAAUUAAGACCCGUAGGCGUUCGCCGUAACUGGAGAAACGUACUCAACAAACAGCGAUUCGAAGCCACGCUCAGACAACAUAGAGAUGUCACUCCCAGGGACAAUCUAGGCCAAGAAUUGACUCAUGCCCUUCAACGAUCCAUCGAGCAACAAAUCGCUCAGGAUCCUACCCUGACACCCAACUCCACGGUCCAUUUCACCAUGCAGUCCAGUGCCUUCACGCACGCUUUUCAAUCCAACACUUUCACCGUGCGAGAAUUCGAAGAAGGGAGUGAAAGACUAGACACUUAUCUCCAGUCUCUCGCGGCCAAACUCAACUCCAACGAAGAAUUCACCCCCGAUGACACUUUUACAAUGGAAACCACUUUCAUACGCACCCCAGGCCCGGGGCGUGGUCACGGAAAACGAUACAAACCUAGCUGUGCGGCCGUACGGGGAAUCGUCAAACGUCAAAAACAAAGACAAUCUCUGCUGCGCUCGCGCUAUGGUCACCAUGAAAGUCCUGGUAAACACGAACUGGAAUUCACGAGACCAAGAUUAUCACAAUCUCAAACAGGGGCGACCCGUACAAGAGCGAUUGGCCAAAGAACUCCACCGUCUAGCCAACGUCCCCGAAGGACCUUGCGGUCUUCCCGAGUUGCAGCAGUUUCAGGCUGCGUUACCUGGGUACCAACUAAAGGUCCUUUCCAUCGAUCCACCGCACAUGCUCAUCUACGCGGGACCCGUACCCUCGGACAAGAUCAUUCGCCUCGUCAAAGAAGACA